AUGACACAUGCUGCAACGGAAAGAGAGAAAGAAAGACGUGGAGAUGUUGACGCCUUUCAAGCAUAUAUGAAGUCUUAUUUCAUAGCAGCAAAGGGAGGCAAGUACAUGCUUACGGUAACGAUUGAGGAGUUGAGUGUCUUCAUGACGACCGCAUUGAUCGCGUUUUAUGGGAAGAUGGGUUGUUUGGUUUAUGCUUCAAAGAUAUUUGAUGCAAUGGUUAGCAAGCAAGUUUGCUCUUGGAAUUCUAUGAUUUCUUCCCUAGCUUUGAAUGUAAGAGAGAAGCAGGCAUUAACGAUGUAUGAGAAGAUGAGGGCAAAGGGGCUGCAACCAAAUGAGAUUACCUUCGUGGCUGUUCUAUCAGCUUGUGCACGUGCCAAGCUUGUCUAUUUCGGUUUUAAAUUGUUUGAAGCAAUGCCAAAUGAAUUUGGACUUGUAGCUAAGAUGGAACAUUAUGGUUGUGUGGUUGAUCUCUUAGGGAGACAUGGGCUACUACAGGAAGCGUACGACUUCAUAAAGAAGAUGCCUUUUGAAGCUGAUGCCACUGUCUUGGGGGUUCUGAUGGGUGCUUGUAGACUUCAUGGAGCUAUUGAAUUGGGAAAUGAAGUAGCACAACUACUACUUGAGUCACAACUGAAUCAUUCAGGGCGUUAUGUGCAUCUCUCAAGAAUUUAUGCUGGCGCAGAGAGGUGGGAUCAUGCUGCUGCCUUGAGAAAAGCAAUAUUAGAUGCUGGAAUACACAGUUUUAUUUAG